AUGAUCAAGGAACAGGAUGGAAAGGGAGAUGAGGAUUAUGAAAGGAUUAAAGAUCAGAAAGCCGCGGAAUUGGAGGAACGGCGACGGAUAAUAGAAAAGAUAAGCGAAAAGAAGCGACAUUUACGGCAAUUGCACAUCGAGCGCAAGGAAGAAUUAGAAGCGGAGAAAUUGCAACGUGCGAAAAAAGUUGCUGCUCUGAAAAUUCGACAACUCGACCGCACGCAGCGACUAGCUGAGGAGCUUUCACGCCGUAAACAUAUCGAACUGCAAGAAUCUAUAAAAAGCAAAAAGACAAAGUCCGCUGCUCCAUCGUUAUCUGAUGAGGCAUUACAGAAGAUACAAGCAGAAUUGAUGACAAAGAGGAAACAGGAUGAAGAAGUACGAAGUUCCAGUAUAUCCAGCCCAUGGGAUAUUGACAAAGAUACGGAAAUGAAGAAACGCGAGAGGAAAUUAAGCUAUAGAAGAGAUCUUCAAAAUCAACUGAUAGAUAAUCGACGUAGGUUGCGCGAGAAGGAAGAGGAGAAGCAUCGUGAACGAAAGAUAAUGGAAGAAGUUGGGGAAGCUUUGCAUCAAGAGAAUCUGGAAGCGGAGAGAAGAAAGAAAGAAAUCGCUGCUAUGUUACAGGAGGAAAGGGAUGCAUUUUUAAAAGCACGACAAUUUUGGAAAGGCAAGAGGAGGGAAGUUCUGAAGCAGGAACACGACGAGAUUUUACGGAUUAUCGGUAAAAAGGAAGCUCUGCAAAAGAUGGAAGCCGAGGGAAAGAGUGACACUCGUGCAGCAAAGGAUGCUGUGUUAGAACAAUUGAUGAACAAGCUGAUAGAGGAAAAGCGUAAGAAGGUAGAACGAGAAGAUAUCUGCCGAGAGUUAUAUUUGGCAGAGAAAGAACAGGAAUCAGCAAACGAAGGGAUUAAGCAGGCAUUAAGGAAGAAACUUAAUGCGAGAGAACUUCUGCGAGACAUGGCAAGAAAUCAGAAAGCUGUGGCGGAGAGGAAAGCGAAGGAAGACGCGAUUGAUGCUGCUUUCGCCAAGUAUUUGGCAGAUGAACGGAGGAAGGAAGAAGAAAAGGAGAAGCUAAAGGAGCAAGCUCGACGCGAAAAAGUUGCUCAAUAUGGAAACGAACUGCGAGAGAUUAUAGAGCAGAAUAAAAUACAGCGCUCGAAGAAUGAUGGACAAACGCGAUUCGAGUCGAGUACGAACCACGGAAAACGCAACGUUAAUCCUACUCGGAGACCACCCUUGAGACGUUGA